ACACGCAGCCGAUAGGCACGCACACCACACCUCCCUAGUCCGUCCGCGGUCCGCGCUCUGCCGAUUCGGAUCCCCUUCCUCUCUUCCCCUUCCCCUUCCCCUUCCCCUCUCCACUUCUCCAACCCACCCGGCCGCGGCGAGCCAGCGACGGCUCAGCCUCAGCCCCUUGCCGCGACCCAAGCAAGCACUCCUUCGUAGUGGGUGGGGGGAAGCCAGAGCCAAAAUGGGGUACCUCUCCUGCCGCGCGGACUCGUCCGUGGCGACGUGCCGCUCCAUCACGGCCAUCUCGCCGCUCCCAAUCUCGCGCCGCUCGGGGUCGGGGUCAGGGGGCGGUUCCUCUUCCUCCAGACGGCCCGCGCUGCCGCCGGCGCCGGCGGCCAUCGAGCGCUUCGACUACGCGGAGCUGGAGGCGGCCACGUCCCACUUCGCGGACGCGGCGCUGCUGGGCAGGGGCAGCCACGGGGCCGUCUACAAGGCCGUGCUCCCCUCGGGCCGCGCCGUCGCCGUCAAGCGCCCUUCCCCGCGCCGCCCCGAGGUGGACAACGAGAUCCGCAUCCUCUCCUCCGUCCGCGGUCCGCGCCUCGUCAACCUCCUCGGCUUCUCUGACCCCGGCCCCAAUACCCCCGCCCCGGCGCGCCUUCUCGUCGUCGAGUACAUGCCCAACGGCACGCUCUACGACCUGCUCCACUCCAACCCGCGCCCGCCCGGGUGGCCGCGCCGCCUCCGCCUCGCGCUGCAGACCGCCAGGGCGCUGCGCGCGCUCCACGACGCCGACCCGCCCGUCAUCCACCGCGACGUCAAGUCCGCCAACGUCCUGCUCGACGCCAACCUCGACGCGCGCCUCGGCGACUUUGGCCUCGCCCUCCGCGUGCCCAAGCCCAAUGCCGCCGGCGCUGCUGCCGCCGCCACGACGCCCGCGCCCGCGGGCACGCUCGGCUACCUCGACCCGGCCUACGUCACGCCCGAGAGCCUCAGCACCAAGACGGACGUCUUCAGCUUCGGGAUCCUGCUGCUGGAGAUCAUCAGCGGUCGCAGGGCCAUCGACGUCCAGCACUCGCCGCCGUCCGUCGUCGAGUGGGCCGUCCCGCUCCUGCGGAAGGGCAAGGUGGCCUCGCUCUUCGACCCGCGUGUGGCGGCACCACGCGACCCGGCCACCCGCAAGGACCUCGCCGCCCUCGCCGCUAGCUGCGUGCGCUCUUGCAGGGAGCGGCGGCCCUCCAUGGCAGACAUCGUCCAGCGUCUCGUGGUUCUCAGCAAAGCAGUGUCGGCCAAGGUGUGGAACGGGCUCGCCGAUGGGCUCGCCGUGGUAGGGAACCCCUGCGCGGUUGUUGAUGUUCACAAGACCAUCUCGAAGCGAGCUGCUGCCAGCAACAGAGCUGAAUCGGAGAGGGAGUCGACCUCAGCAUUGGCGUUUGACGACGAUGAAAAGGAGGAAGCAGAUGCAGUGGCCUUGGAGGAGGAUCAGGUGCCAUUGGUUGGUGCCAAGAAGUCACCCCGACCACUGAAGAACGGUAUAGUCUUAUCUGAGGCAGGGGCUCGGGAGAGGAGAAAUCUCUUGGACCUGAUGGCUCGGAUCGAUGGUGUUGCCGGCCAAAGAUUCGGUAUUACCAGAGCAAGAACAGUGCGUGCUACUGGUGAGCUUAUUGAAAAGGAUGCAGUGUUGCUCCUAAGGAGGAACCAGACAGUAAGAGUUGUUGGAUCUGAGGCACUGCCAAAGUCUGAAAGGAUUUCUCGUUUUGAUGUGAAGAUCAAACACAAAGCGGGUGAAGAGGAGCAAGAGAAGGCAGGGAAAAUCCAAGAGAAAGCAGAGAAAAUCCAAGAUAAUGCAAGUGGGAUUCAAGAAUGUUCCAAGGAAACAUUAGGCAAAACAGGCAAAUUGUUAGAGGCAACGCAGCCAAACCCCGACAAAGAAGAGAAGAUUCAAGAAAAGGAAGAGCAAAACCUUGAAAAAGUGGAAAAUGUUCAAGAGAAUGAAGGCAGAAUCCCAUGCACGGUAGAGAAAAUCCAGGAAAGUCAAGGAGGAACCCGAGACAAAGUAGAAAAGUUCAUUUGAAGAGUGAGGGGAGUUCAUACAAUGCAAUGUUCUUGAGGUUGGCUUAAUCAACUAUCACCUGGCACCUUACCUCGACCUCAUGAGAUACAAUCUCAUUCCCCAGAUAUCAUCAUGGACAUGGUAAUUGGGAUUGUACCAGAAAUAUUCCCUGGUAUUGAUGAUUGGCUGAUGAUACAGCCUUGAAUUCAGAUCCAAGCGAUGUGAUCUGCCAUUUGGAAUGCCAGCAAUGACAACAACUCCCCAGCUAUUGAAUCUUGGUUCUUGGGUGAUAGCCAAUGCAAUGGCUUGCUUGUGAUCUCUCCUAGUGUAGCUCUGAGAUCAAAACAACAAAGAGCCGUGGAUCUUCAGAUUCAAUUUAAGCAACUGGUGAUCAUUUCACUGCUUCAAACUGAAUCAAGUGGAGCUUCAAAAUGACCACUAGUUGAAGUAGAUUGUUCGUUGUUGUAGUAUUCUUUUGUUGAUUAUUUUUCCUGCCUGCAUACAACAAGCACAAAUGUGGAGUUGUUUUGUAUAUGUGUAGGCAUGGUGGUAGCUGUAGUGGAUGUUAACUUGUUAAGGAAAAUUAUUUUUGCAUUUCCACCUUGGGAAGGUACAUAUAGUGGAGAUGUUCUCAAUUCUCAUGCAGUCACUAUGUACUCCCUCUGUCCAGAAAAGAAUGCAACUAUGUGUUGCCUGUCACCAAAAAUAGUUCAUGUUUGGCCAAA